AUGGCCGAGGAAACCGAGAAUCUGAUCUUAGCGCAAGAGUACAAAAUUGGUGCUCUCAAACGCGUGCUCAUCAACUACAAGAAGCUCCCGAAGAUGAGCGUGACGGUGCCGACGAUCCAGAGCCGCAUCUCCCAGCUGAAGGAGCACUGGGCCGCCUGUAGCAGCAAACACGUCCUGCUGUUGCAGACCGCUACGUCCGGGGAGCUAAAGGGCCUGCCCUACUUCGUGGACAACGUAAUCGUGGAAGCCGAGGACGUCUAUACCAACACCAGCGACAUUCUACAAAACGCGCUAAGUAGACUGUUACCCGCUAACACUAACUCUUCAUCAUCCGAUUGUCACGACGAGUCUGUUUUGCGCGAGUCGGGUUCUCAGAUCUCGCGAUUGCCACGUAUAUCGUUGCCAAAAUUUACCGGUAAAAUCGCGGACUGGGAGAGUUUUCGAAAUAUGUUCGAGUCUCUCGAGGCCUGUAACGUUUCGCUUCCUAAAGUUCAAAAAUUUCAUUACUUAAAAACAAGCGUUACCGGUGAAGCCGCGGUGCUGAUCAAUAACUUGAAAAUUUCGGAGGCUAAUUACGACUCCGCGUGGCAAUUGCUGAUCGACGAAUACGACGACAAGCAAACAUUAGUUCAGACGCAUAUGCACGCGUUUGAUAGUCUACCUGUGAUGAAAACGGAGAAUGUGAACGACUUGCGAAAACUCCGCGAUACGGUCUCUUCGUCGUUAGCCGCGCUAAACAAUCUCGAUCGUCCGGUAAAUGAGUGGGACGAUCUGCUCGUUUAUCUUAUUGCUCAAAAGUUUAGUCCUCGCACUCGCAGCGAAUGGAAUUUGAAACGUACGGAAUUCGCCAAGCUUUCGUCUUACAAAGAUAUUAAUGACUUUCUGACUCUAUGCAUUCGCGGAUUAUCCGAUAUUUCCGAUUCGCCGAAGGAUACUCGUCGUUACAAAGACGAUAAGCCGCCCUCGUCGGUUAAUAACGUCACUGCAAACAAAUGCGUUGGUUGCUCCGGCAAUCAUUCGGUUUCGAAAUGUAAAGAGUUUCUUGAUAAAACGGUUGAGCAGCGCGGCGAUUUCGCGCGUCAAAGCAGGCUUUGCCUCAAUUGUCUGAGAUCCGGGCAUUUCCUUCAGCAAUGCCUGAGCAAAUCUCGAUGUUCGCACUGUAGUCGUUCACAUCACUCGUUACUACAUUUUUCAAAUAAUGUAAAAGCCGAUGCUACGGCAAAUUCUUCGAAGAUAAAAGCGGAGACGCAACCGUUCACUCCGACGGCGUCCAACGCGCCAGUCGCUGCGAACAGCAAUCAUGUCGCGAACAAACGGACCGGUCCCCCCGCGGACACAGUUCCUUCGAAUGUCCUCUUGGCAACCGCAUGGGUUGACGUUCACACGACCGAAGGCCGAAGCUUUAAAGUUCGCGCCUUACUGGAUCAAGGAUCCAUUUUCAGUUUUAUUUCGCAAUCGCUCUAUCAGACGCGUCGCGAGAUCUCGCGUCGUGCUGACGUUAAAGCCGUGUUCCAGUGCGGAACCGGGCGUUCCGCUGCACGCCUAUUUCAAAAUAUUACUUCGUACGCCGCGUCACGGACUCAGCCCGUCGAGUCGUGGCCUCACUUGCAAGGCAUCUCAUUUGCCGAUCCCGAUCCUUCAAGUCGACAUCGGAUUCACUUACUAAUCGGUGCCGACUUGUACGGUUCCUUGUUGAAAAAUGGCCUCCGGCAAGGCCCUAUUGGAACGCCUACCGCUCAAUUGACAGCGUUAGGCUGGAUUAUCUCUGGCCCCACGGGUCGCGGCCGGAUUGAAUCCGAGAACAUUUGCGUCUGUCAUAAUGUGUCUACGCACGACACGAAUUCGCUUCUCAGGCAAUUUUGGGAGGACGAGGAGGUCUCGCGCCCCUCUCCACUUACCGACGAGGAGGAGCGUUGCGAACAACACUUCCUCGCCACUCAUAGCCGUUCUCCAGAAGAACGGUACAUUGUUCGAUUGCCCUUCCGGCACGAACUACCAAUCGACAUAGGCGAUUCCCUGCCUAUCGCCACGGUAUUCUACGAUAAAAUGGAAAGAAAGCUGCGUCGGCACGCCAAACUCUCCGCGCAGUAUAAUGACUUUUUGGCGGAAUAUCUCGCUUUGGGACGUAUGUGCGCGAUCGAAAAUCCCUGCGACACCGCUCUUACGCCCGUGUACAUUCCGCAUCAUUCGGUUUUGCGCGAAACGAGUAGUACCACGAAGUUACGCGUCGUUUUUAACGCCUCGUGCAAAACGACGAACGGCACGUCGCUUAACGACCAUCUGCUGGUCGGACCGAAGUUACAGCAAGAUCUCCCCGCUAUUCUGCUGCGCUGGCGUCAGUGGCAUUUUGUUUAUGCAGCAGACAUCGCCAAGAUGUUCCGGCAAAUCCUCGUGAAUAAUCUCGAUACCGACUUCCAACGAAUUCUCUGGCGUCCGUCCUGCGACACGCCGAUCACGCAUUUCCGGCUUUUGACCGUAACGUACGGGCUCGCUCCCGCUCCGUAUCUCGCGAUGCGCGUUUUGAAACAAUUGUCGUUAGACGAAGGGUCCGAUUAUCCGGCGGCCGUCCCGAUACUACGCGACUCCGUAUACGUCGACGACGCGCUAUUCGGUGGAGAUGACGUCGCGUCGCUAAUGGAAUGUCGCGAGCAAUUGACGGGACUCCUUCAGCGAGGGGACUUUCAAUUACCGAAAUGGGCGUCAAAUUCGCCUGAAUUGCUGCGCGAUUUGGCAACGCGUCAAACCGACAUGGAGGAUCACCUCCUUCAGCAGGACGAGACCCUUAAGGUACUCUGA